AUGGACGUACACGGAGCGAUUCGUCGAAUCGAUGGGAAACGCAAACCAAAAGCAACAGAGAGAAGCAAAAAAGGGAACGGUGGGGAGAUGGGAGUCGACGACUCCCAAGACACGCAGCACCGAGACUUGCAGCGACGAUUUGCCAAGUCCUCCUCCAAGUCGAGGGGAGGAAAAGGUGGCCGCAGUAACCGUGGUGGAGGGCGAGGUGGUGGGGGCGGAGGUGGCGGUCGUGGAGGACGAGAUUCCAUAGGCGGGAGGUGGAUCUUACCACCGGGAAUUCCUCCUAUACCAUUUGUAAACUGCAUUCCAAUACCAGAUGGGCCAAGACGCAGCGAUAUUGGGGGAGGUGGCCAGAAGAUGAUGCGGCCCAAAGGCGACAAGAAAGGCGGCAUGGACGGCAAACGAGGAAGACGGAGAGGCAAAAGAGGAAAUGGUGGCAAAGGAAAAGGAGGAAAAGGAAAAGGUGGCAAAGGAGACAGAGGCAAAGGAAAAGGAGGAAAAGGAAAGGGCUCGCGAAGAGACCUACGACUAAGACACUCACACAUUCGAGAAAGACUCUUGCAGAAUCGAGGCAAUAUUAGGAUGAUUAACCCCAGGAGGAUGAUCGGUAAUCGGAUGAUGACCGCUAUGAAUCGCGUGAUGGGCAACGGCAAUGGAAGGAGAAUGAUGGGAAGACUGCCCUUUUGCCCACCCAACAUUGCAGAUACCUUGUUUCCUACUUUCCUACCCACUUUUACUCCUUUCCCGAGCUUCACGCCGUUUCCAACCUUUACGGGAAACCCAUUUUUCGGCCCGUCAAACCCAGCCCGUCCGAGUACUCCAGGGCCACCGAGCAUUCCGAGUCCUCCGAACCGGGCUCCAAUCAGGCCCUCCAUACCAAUCAUACCCUCCAUACCAAUCAUACCCACCACACCCACCACAAGCGCCCCGUCACCGGUCAGUCAACUCACCUCCGCACCAACACCAGUUAGCCUGCUUACAUCUGCCCCAACGCCAUCGGCGGGCAACAAUGCCUUCACGGUCAGAUCUAAUUUUGGCAUGACCUACUUUACGGGCUUACCCGGCGAUGUCGACCGUGAUUUGAAUGCUGCCGAGUGGGCAGAACUCGCAACUCUAAUGGAUGAAUUCUACACUGCCGCCUUUCUAGCCGAUCCAGAGUUUGCCAGCAGUUUCCUUUCCUAUAAUACCGUGAUCACCAGUAUGAACUACAUGAUGGGAGGUACUCCCCAUAUCAUGUUUGAUUUCGACGCGAAUUACGAGUUUGCACCGGGGACAGAGACCAUCGCCAAUGUCGCGAGCGUCUUUAACCGAAUGCAAGGGACCGACUACAUGGCCUUCAUUACGGACUACUUGAUGCGAAAACCCCCAGACAAUCAGUUGGACAUGGUGAUGGAGGUGUCCUUUUCAGCUGCUGUCAUGCCAGCAUAG